AUGGGCACGAGGGAAGGAGCCGCGGUCACCCUCCCUGCCGUCACCCCGACUCGUGGUCCCAAGUAUCAGGGGAUCUGCUCGUCUCCUCUGGGGCUGGAGGACGGCAGGAUCCACUACGGUCAGCUGACCUCGUCUACGUCUCGAGAGAACAACCCAGCGGACGCCGGGAGGCUCAACAUCGUCCCCAACGUUAAGGUGAUGGAGCCCGGCUGGAGCCCGCUGCCCUCAGACCCUCAGCCGUACUUCCAGGUGGACCUCCUGGAGCCCACCUGGGUGUCAGGGGUGGUGACCCAGGGCAGCGAGCGCAUGAGGGGGUCCCUCACCAAGUACCGUCUGGCCUUCUCCCUCAACGGCAAACACUACACAGACUACACAGAGGACGGCAAGGCUGGGAGCCCCCCCCAGGUGUUUGAGGUGCGCCUGAUGGGCAGGAGCCCGGUGACCCGGUGGCUCGGGCGGUUGCUGAGAGCCCGGUUUCUCCGCAUCCUCGCGGUGGAGUUCAGACACACGUUUUACCUGCGAGCAGAGAUCAUGGGCUGCACAGGAGAGGAGCUGGUGACUCCCCCCAGUUGGACCAGUGCCCCCCCUGGUGGUGCAGCUGUGACACUGCAGCGCUGUCCUACAGGACAGUUUUCCUGCAGGUACAGUGAGGACUGUGUCCCUGUGUCAGUGCUGUGUGAUGGGAGACCAGACUGUAAGGACCAUUCUGAUGAGAUCAACUGUGGAACUGUCCCCACAGGACGUCCCUCUGGACACAGGGACAACAGCAGCGGCUCCCCAGGCCUCCACACCACCAGGACACACGGAGGACAGCCAGGCUUCCAGACCACCACCCCCAGUUCAGACUGGAGGACAGCUCACCCGGGUCUCCACCUCAGCACCCGCCCCUCAGGGGAACCCGGCCUGCACAGCACCCCCGCCCCGUGGAGCACUGCCCCUGAUGCAGGCCAGCCCAGAGGGGUGUGUGUGGGGGGGCAGGUCUCGUGCCGGUCCUUUGGCUGCGUGGAGCCCACACAGGUGUGUGACGGCACACAGGACUGUGUGGACGGGUCAGACGAGGCACACUGUGGUACGUGA